UUGUUUAAUAAAAUUAAAUAUUAAGAAUGAAACCAUUCAAGAGUACACAAAAAGAUGACUCUAAGUCAACAUCUUCUAGAGAGAUGCCUCUGGAGGAGCAAAAUCUAUUCCAGAGCACCUUCGAUGCAGGAAAUAUCAUGACUUCCCCAACCUCUCCAGAUCCCUAUAGCUUUGUUUAUGGGCAACAGAGAGGACUCUUCCCAUUGGAACAGAUAUCAAAGCCGAUUGGAGCCAUAAAGCCGAAGCCAAUGUACAAAGGAGUUUACGACCCUCGCUUUCUGCCUCAAGGACAGUUUGUCUACUUAAACGACCUCGCUGCUUUUGGAUACGUUGAUCCAAACCAACUCCAACAAGCUUCUGCUCCUAGUAAACAAAGAGGAAUAUCUGAAGAUGUUCUGAAUGAUACCUCCAAAGAACUCAUCUAUAGGAGUGAUGUGAUCCAGAAGGGAUGGUUCAGGAAUGCCCUCUCAGGGAUCAUCAUCCCACAUGCUAGGGGCGCCUGCAAGGGUGCUAAAAAGCCUGAUAAGUUCUAUCGCAAGCUUCUUAACAUGCUCAAAGAUGAUGUCAAAGAGUUUCUUCAAAGGGACUGUGAGUUCCAAGCGAAGCUCAUUGGCCCUCUGGCUAAAGAUAUCCUCCGGAAGAACUUCGAGACUACCACUCAGGAAUCAACUCUCUUCAGUGAUGAGAUGAAGAACAUGAUCAUCGAUUGCGGAAACUUAUUUAAAAAGGAGAUGAAGAACUUUUCAUUUGUGCCCGAAAGAGAAAAGGCAUAUAAACACCCAAUCUUUGGUUUAGCCAAACGUUUAAUGGAGAACAACGAAAUUUAUUUCAAGAAGUUCUGGGAGCGGUUCGAGGACCGUCGUAACAAAGUAGGCUCCUUUGAGAAGUUCAAGAGGCGUGUAGAUAGAGAAAUGCAAGGAAUCAUUGAUCUUGAUGACCCUUCUACAUUUGCUCACUUCUAGUAAACAAAUUGAAGCAAAUAAACAAAAAGCCACAUUAAUCAAAGUAUAACGUUUAUUGUUAAAUUCUCUAA